AUGCUCCUCAACAUCACAGACCAUUUGAAAUGGCUGUCCCAUGCGAGGCCGCAGAUUCCUCCUACCGUCAAAUUUCCGCAGUUGACUCCAGACCAACUGCAGGAACACAUUAAGAAGUCUGCCGAAGCGGACGUCGACCGUCACUCGGUAGCACUCCCUCCACGGAUCUGCAAUCAGGCGCCGUCGAGAGUUCUGGUGCGCGCAAGUACUGUCACUCCGGAAACAGUCAAUGAGAUGAGCGGGAUUAUGGCACGCAAAGCGGCUUCUGUGCGGCAAAGGAGUCUCGGAUCGUCGCAAAACAGCGUGGGUGUGAUCGAUCUGACGAACGAACGGGUCGCUGCUGCACGCAAAAGGGCAAAUGAGGCUGCAGGCAGCCCGAUCAGCAAGAAACCGCGAACUAACGACGAUGACGAAUUUUCUGACGACGACGAAAUAGAAGCUAUAUUGGCCAACCGCCAUUCCAGCAACUCCACCAGCAGAAGCGUACCGCGAGAGGACGGGCAUUUGUCUUUUGGCGAGCUCUCCAAGAUGGUGGAAAAUGCCAGUCUCAUGAACAAAGAAGCACGAGAGCUCAUCACGCUACAAUUUUCACUGAUGGCGCAAAUGGACUCGUUAGCGAAUCUUUUGCGCCAGAAUAUAUCUGUUGACGAGUCCACGUCUAUCAGUGAAGACGACAAGAGGCGCAGAAGAGGCCAGUUGGCGCAUGACAUCCAACAGUCGCAGGCAGCCUGUAAUGAAACCAGGCUUCGAAUACAGCAUUUUUGCAUAAAUAAUCUCGGCAGAAGGUUGGAGGAGGAUAUCAGUUCAGAGAUAGAUACCACAGCCAUACCUUUUACCAGUACGGCAUACACAGCGAAAACUAGCACACAACUCAUUUCUAACCGGGAAGAAAUAAAUCAGACACCUUCAACCAUAAAUGCCACCAAUCAGUCCACGUUUCCGAGUCCUUCUUUCAAGGUCCCCCCUGUACCGUCAACUGCCAUUUCUGAUCGCGAGGACCGGCGAAACUCCCAGCCGGAUUUUGAGGAUUCAUUCAAUUGCGACAGUGACGAUCCUGAGGUGAUCUCCACACAGGAAAAGGCAGAACUUGACCAGUUCAUUGUGGACGACGAAAUUUCUGGCGACGAUGAGUCCUACAAAGAGGAUGACAUAGAGGACAUUGAGAACACAGAGCUUGGCGAUGUUCAAAACUCGCCAGAGCUGGAAGACGUCGAGGAGGGCAUUGAACACAUGGAAAUUGUUCAGGAUAACGCGAUUCUUCUGGACUCGCCGCAAGACGAGUUCUUGGAGGAGGAAACACGGAACGAUUAUUUUACACAGCUGAACGAGGAGCGGGAACUUGACGUUAUAGACCUAGAGGACGAGCAAUUCUGGGACAGCGACGCGGAGAAUGAGAUUUUUGAUAGGCGCAACGAACAGUCGAAGAAGGCCGAGCCACAGCAGCCAGUCUCGCAACACUCCGACUCGGACAUUGAAGAGCUAACAAAUGUGAAUCCGGAUGCGUACAAAAAAUUCAUGGGCAAGUUCGAAUGGACUACAGAACUGUACUCGGUUUUGAGAAAUACUUUCAAGCUGCCGUCUUUCCGAGAGAAUCAACUAGAGGCUAUAAAUGCAACACUAAGCGGAGAGGAUGUAUUCGUUUUGAUGCCGACAGGCGGCGGAAAAUCCCUCUGCUACCAGUUGCCUGCUCUCGUAAAGUCCGGAAGCACAAGCGGCACCACCAUCGUUAUCUCGCCUUUGAUUUCCUUGAUGCAAGACCAAGUGCAUCAUCUACUACAGAACCAAAUCAAAGCGGCAAUGAUCAACUCAAAAUCAUCUGCCUCGCAGAGGAAACAGACGUUUGACCUUUUUGUCAACGGGUUCCUCGAUCUCGUAUAUCUAUCUCCUGAAAUGAUCAGCGCAAGCGGAAUGGUGAGAAAUGCCAUUGCUACACUCUACAAGAAGAGAAUGCUAGCAAGAGUUGUCGUGGACGAGGCUCACUGUGUUUCCUCUUGGGGUCAUGAUUUCCGUCCGGACUACAAAGCUCUGAGUUAUUUCAAGACCGAGUAUCCUGAAAUUCCCAUGAUGGCCCUCACGGCAACGGCGAACGAGCAUGUCCGGAUGGACAUCAUCCACAAUCUCAAUCUAAAGCAUCCUAAAUUCUUCAAGCAGAGUUUCAACCGCUCCAACUUAUAUUACGAAGUGUUGCCAAAAAAGAAGACUGUCGUGGAAGAGAUUGCACAGAUGAUCAACUGCAAAUACAAGAAUAUGACAGGAAUAAUCUACUGCCACUCGAAGAACUCGUGCGAGCAGACAGCGACUCGUCUUGCCAACUAUGGUAUUAAAUGUGACUUUUACCACGCAGGAAUGACUCAGGACGACCGUCAAAGAGUCCAGCUGGGCUGGCAAAGCAACGAGAUCCAGGUCAUCUGUGCUACCAUUGCGUUUGGUAUGGGAAUCGAUAAGCCAGAUGUUCGAUUCGUCAUUCACCUUACUCUUCCUCGUAAUCUUGAAGGAUACUACCAGGAAACCGGAAGGGCAGGGAGGGACGGCAAACAUUCUGACUGCAUUAUGUACUACAGUAUGAGAGAUGCUCGCACUUUACAAGGAAUGAUUAUGCGCGACAAGGAGCUUGACCGGUUCAACAAGGAACAACACGUGAACAAAUUACGCCAGGUGAUACAGUAUUGUGAGAACACAACAGAUUGUCGCCGUCAGCAGGUGCUGCAAUAUUUCAACGAAACUUUCAACCGCAAAGACUGUCAGAAGAAGUGUGACAACUGCGUCAACGGCGAGAACUUUGAAGUCGAAAACCGCGACAUGACGGCCUUCGCCAAAGACGUAAUAAAUCUCGUUAAAAAUCUUAACGGAGAAAACUUGACCGUGAUCCAAUGUCAGGACGUUUUCAGAGGAUCCAAAACAGCCAAAACUGUCAAUUUGGGCCUACAUCAGAACGAGUACUUUGGAAAUGGCCGAGAGCUGCCCAAAAUGGAAAUCGAGCGACUAUUCUUCCAUCUUUUGAGAGAAGGCUUCCUGGAAGAGAAAUCUGUGAUGAAUGCUGCUGGGUUCGCCACAAACUAUCUUGUUCUUGGACCCAAAGCAAACGACGUGCUAUCUCGCGGGAAAAAAGUGGUGAUACCAUUCACCAGAAGCAAGACCCCUCGAUUGCAGACGCCAUCUAUUUCUCGGACAGCUAACAAAGAGAACACGGCUCCCCAGUUUCUUUCUGCAAGUAAGUUUUUCUCUGUCGGGCCACCAAAUGCUAGCAAAACGUCUGUGAAGCAGGUGGAUCCCAAGUUGGCCGACCACAUCAACAAAUGCUACCUUAAGUUGCGAGAGCACCGGUCGCUUUGCAGUACGCACCUAAAUCAUUCCAAAGACUCGACCAUGGCCUCCGAUACCACUUUGAAAGAUAUGGCCAUGAAAUUGCCGACUACAAAAUUGGAGUACGAUAAACUUGACGGUAUCGAGAAAAACCAGACACAAUACUUCCAGAAGUUUGAGCGUGUACUAGCGGCUCUGAGGCGAGAACGCGAAACUUUGCUGGGCUCAAACAGCCCUGAGCUGGAAGUUGUCUCGUCGUCGCUCCCGUCUCAGCAAGACCACAAAGUAGUUAAUCAGCUUUCGCAGCUGUUCUACCCUGAAAGCCAAAAUUCAUCACGCAAAUCUACUACUGUUUCACGAAGCAAGAGCUCGAGCCAGCGAGGAGGCCGCCCAUACCGCAGGGGUGGAUCGAGAGGAGGAUCGAGAGGAGGGCUACGCCGACCAAGCAAAUCCGGUUCGCGGGGUAAUUUUAGAAAAGCGAAAGUGCAACCAAAGCAGCUUUCAGGCUCUGUCAUUCGCACAAUGAGGAUGUAA